AUGAGUAGUGCACGAUGCUUUCAUACAGCAUCCGUAUUAACAAAUGGGAAAGUGUUAGUUGCUGGUGGAUAUAAUAAUACUGGUGGUUCUUUAAUUACUGCUGAGGUGUAUGAUCUGUCAACAGGAACUUGGGCAACUACUGGUAGCAUGAGUAGUGCACGAUCCUUUCAUACAGGAUCCAUAUUAACAGAUGGGAAGGUGUUAGUUGCUGGUGGAGAGUAUAAUCAUUUCGGUCCUUUAAUUACUGCUGAGGUAUAUGCUCCGUCAACAGGAACUUGGACAACUACUGGUAGCAUGAGUAGUGCACGAACUGGUCAUACAGCAUCCGUGUUAACAAAUGGGAAAGUGUUAGUUGCUGGUGGAUAUAGUAAUAAUAGUGGUUGUUCAAUUACUGCUGAGGUGUAUGAUCCGUCAACAGGAACUUGGACAACUACUGGUAGCAUGAGUAGUGCACGAACUGGUCAUACAGCAUCCGUAUUAACAGAUGGGAAGGUGUUAGUUGCUGGUGGACCUGAUACUAAUGGUAGUUCUGCUGAGGUGUAUGAUCCGUCAACAGGAACUUGGACAACUACUGGUAGCAUGAGUACCGCACGAGCUUAUCAUACAGCAUCCGUAUUAACAAACGACAAAGUGUUAGCUGCUGGUGGAAAUAAUCUCGGUAUUGUUCUAGAUAGUGCAGAACUAUAUUAUUCAUCAUAA